UGAGGUGUUUGGUGAAAUGCCUAUGCCAGAGAGUUUACAGGACGUGGAAUACUUUGAAUUUGAUAUGGCGGUAGUUGAUGGGUUGCUUGCUCUUGCCCCCUACGGGGACAAUGAAGAUAUUCCCGUGUGGGUGAUGAAAGAGUAUGGAAGAGUGGAAUCUUGGACUAAGCAGUUUGAUAUUAAAUUUCAGGGUGGAUCCUGGUAUGUGGAUUGCUUCAGAAAGAAUGGUGACGUUCUACUGACGGAGGGGGUUGGACAUUUGUUUUAUUACGAGCGUAAUGGCGAACGAACCUGGGAUCUUCACCUUAAUUACACAACUGGGUGGUCUUAUUUCGAUAAUUAUGUGGAGACCCUUGCUCUACUGGAUGUAGCAGAUGGAGUUUUGGGAGUGCAGGCGACUUCGUAUUGUGCUAGUAACCUCAAGAAGAAAGAAAGGAAGAGAAAAAGGAAGAUACAGAGUUUGGGACAAAUGUAAGGGAUCAAUUGUGAGCAAGCAGGAAAAGCACGUUAAACCAAAAGAAGGGUUCUGCUUUGAUCGUUGGUAUUGAGGCAAAGGAUUAGAUUCCUGUUCGUACAAGUUGGAAUUGUGGGGGGGAUUUUCUCAAUGCUAAAUUUUGUCAGGUCCAGAACUCAGCAAAGGUCCACUAGAUCUAUGUCACUUGGAGGCAUGGAUUACCCAGAUCCGAAAAAGAAGAGCAGCUUUGUAGGAAAAAUUAUUUUGGCUGCUGUCCUCACAGCAUUAUGCAUUCUGGUGCUCAAGCGAUCUUCCAGUUUCAAUGCUCCAAGCCCGUUCUCCCAUCAUGAACAUGGGGUAACACAUGCCCUAGUAACAGGUGGUGCUGGCUAUAUUGGUUCACAUGCUUCCUUUCGUCUUCUGAAGGACUCAUACCGUGUAACUAUAGUGGACAACCUCUCAUGGGGAAAUCUAGGUGCUGUAAAGGUUCUCCAAAAAUCAUUUCCAGAAGCUGGAAGGCUUCAGUUUAUUUAUGCUGACUUAGGGGAUCCAAAGGCUGUUAAUAAAAUAUUUUCAGAGAAUUCGUUUGAUGCUGUUAUGCAUUUUGCAGCUGUUGCAUAUGUCGGGGAAAGCACCCUUGAUCCACUCAAGUAUUAUCAUAACAUUACAUCAAACACCUUAGUUGUGUUAGAGGCCAUGGCUGCACAUGGUGUGAAAACAUUGAUAUAUUCUAGUACAUGUGCAACAUACGGGGAACCUGAAAAGAUGCCCAUUACCGAAACAACUGUGCAGGUCCCCAUUAAUCCAUAUGGAAAAGCUAAAAAGAUGGCAGAAGAUAUAAUCCUUGAUUUUUCUAAAAAUUCAGAUAUGGCAGUCAUGAUCCUAAGAUAUUUCAUUGUGAUUGGGUCAGAUCCAGAAGGCAGACUAGGUGAAGCUCCGAGACCUGAACUACGUGAACAUGGAAGAAUCUCUGGUGCUUGUUUCGAUGCAGCUCGUGGUAUUAUUCCUGGGCUGAAGGUCAAAGGAACAGACUAUGAUACACCUGAUGGAACUUGCAUACGGGAUUAUAUUGAUGUCACUGAUCUGGUGGAUGCUCAUGUGAAAGCUCUUGAAAAGGCGGUGCCGAAAAAAGUUGGAAUUUACAAUGUUGGCACUGGAAAAGGUAGAUCUGUGAAGGAGUUUGUGGAGGCAUGUAAGAAGGCAACAGGAAAGGAUAUCAAGGUUGAUUUCCUACCCCGCCGGCCUGGUGACUAUGCUAAAGUGUUCAGCGACCCGUCUAAGAUCGCCUGGGAACUCAACUGGGCAGCGCGAUACACCAAUCUUACAGAGAGUUUGCAAAUUGCAUGGAGAUGGCAAAAGUCGCAUCGUGACGGAUAUGGAACUGCUUAGGGCAGUUUCUUGCUGAAAGGGCCACAGAUUCACAGCAUCAUUCCAAUAGCAGACCCCAUGCAUUGCUGCUGAUUUCAGCUGCUGCGUUCUAUUGCUCUCUUAGAAUGGUGGGGGUGUUCAUCAAAAUUAAGAUUUUUUUUUUUUUUCCCUGGUUAGAGUAUUUCACCGUGGGAUAGUAGUAGGAUGGGCGGUUAUUCAUUACAUGUAUUAGAACAGAGAAAUAGUUGAAUAAUGAUUGUUAUUGCGCCAGUGAUGGGUGAUGGUAGUAAAAGCUCUGAAGGCUGUAAAAUAACUGUUAUAACUGUCUGAAGACAGGGAAAGCUAAAUACCGUUUCAUUACAUUGUCCUUCUUCCUUAAAUAAGUGCGCCGUUUUCUGUGUC